AUGAAUGAACCAACUGCUGCGCAGGACAAGGAAGUAGCUUCGCAUCGUGGAUUCAGCCAGAAAGCUAGAGGGGUCUUGUUGGAAUCACACUCCGUUACCUCCGAUAAAUUGCCGAAUAUCCCUGAUAAAAAUGGAAAAGAUGGCCAAACAGCGGCGCCACAUCGAGGUUUCAACGAAAAGGCACGCGAAGUGCUGCUUGAUCGGAAGACUCCAGGUAAGCCGCUGCCGAAUCCUUGA